AUGUUCAUCAAGAGCCCAUUAGGUACAUUGAAGAAUUUGAGAUUGUCAAACUUAUUCACGCAUUGUCUUCGCAUACACACAUCCAAACGUAACCUUUACGCUGGUCAAUUACUACUACAACAGCACGCAACAAUGACAGAGACUCAAUUUGGAAAACUAUUUGACAAGAUCGAAGAGCUAAAGCCCCGCUUCAUCGAGCGAUUGGCUGAGGCAGUAGCCAUCCCAGCCGUUUCCGGAGAUGAAAGCUUGAGACCCAUGGUGGUGAAAAAGGCAGAAUUCUACCGUGCGGAGCUCGAAAGACUAGGUUUCCAGGACAUUAAGAUGAAAGAGCUGGGUCUGCAGCCUCCACCAGUCGAGAACCCAGAACUAAAGCUUCCUCCAGUCGUGUUGGCUCGUUACGGCAGCGACCCUGCCAAAAAAACGGUGCUUCUAUACGGCCAUUAUGACGUCCAGCCUGCGGCGUUGGAGGAUGGGUGGCUCUCAGAGCCCUUCAAACUGGUGGUCGACGAGGAAAAACAGCUGAUGCGCGCCAGAGGUGUCAGUGACGACACUGGGCCCGUUCAGGGCUGGCUAAACGUGGUGGAUGCGCACCGCGAGCUGGGUUUGGAACUGCCCGUCAACCUGAUCACGUGUUUCGAGGGCAUGGAAGAGUCCGGGUCCAUUGGGUUGGACAAGCUGAUCGCAGACGAGGCCGACAAGUACUUCAAGGGCGUCGACACCGUGUGCAUCUCCGACAACUACUGGUUGGGAACCAAGAAGCCUGUUUUGACCUACGGCCUCAGAGGCUGCAACUACUACCAGAUCAUCGUUGAAGGCCCUGGCGCAGACUUGCACUCCGGCAUCUUUGGCGGUGUGAUCGCAGAGCCCAUGAUCGACCUGGUCAAAGUGUUUGGCUCGCUCGUGGACUCUCAGGGCCGUAUUUUGAUCGACGGCGUCAACGAGAUGGUGGCCCCCGUCACCGAAAAGGAACAGGGUCUGUACGAGAAGAUCGACUUCACUCUCGACGAAAUGAACGCGGCCUCCGGCUCCGAGACUUGUCUGUACAACAACAAGCCAGACGUUCUCAUGCACAGAUGGAGAUUCCCCUCGCUUUCGAUCCACGGUCUCGAAGGUGCAUUCUCGUCGCAGGGUGCCAAGACUGUCAUUCCUGCUAAAGUUGUCGGAAAAUUCUCUAUUCGGACUGUGCCAGACAUGGAGUCGGCCAAGCUGGAUAAACUUGUGAUCGACCACUGUAACAAGGUUUUCCAGUCCCUAGGAUCGCCUAACAAAUGCAGAACCGAGCUCAUCCACGACGGUAACUACUGGGUUUCUGAUCCCUUCAACGCCUCGUUCACGGCCGCGGCCAAAGCCACCAAGGCUGUCUACGGUGUUGAGCCCGACUUCACUCGCGAAGGUGGAUCUAUUCCAAUCACCCUAACCUUUGAAACUCAGCUCAAGACCAACGUCAUGCUUCUUCCUAUGGGCAGAGGAGACGACGGCGCCCACUCUAUCAAUGAAAAACUUGACUUGAGUAACUACUUCCAGGGUAUGAAGACCAUGGCAGCCUAUCUGCACUACUAUGCUGAGUCAGAGACAAAAUAG